AUGCCGAUCGACAUUGACCUCGGACUCCACACCGACUUGCUACAGCAGAAACCCCCCUACCGUUUUCGGCAUAACCGUCCUGAACUGAGAGGACCAGCUCAGGCUAUUGGCUUCAGCGCGCACCAUGGCCCAGCUUACACCGCUUCGCUGGGUAGGGGGAUGUGGUCAGUGGGAAAGCGUUCAGCCCGCGUAGAUGGGCCAGCGUAG